AUUAUUUUUGAGUUGGUGUUCUUGUUUUGUUUCUAACUUCUUUCUCACCGUUUCUUAAAAAGUACUUCUUCUUUCUUCACACAAACCGGUGAAAACGGAUCAAGAAAAACUGAAGCGAGAACUAAUUUCUGCUCCUCUCUUCCAGACAGGGGCAUUGUCUUUCUAUUAUUGUUGAGUUUGUGCUCUGUUUUAGUUCAUGAAGUAAGCUUAAUUGUCACCCACUCUUUCAAAUUGUCAACUAAGCUAUCUAAUAUUCUAAUGUCCAUAAGCCUAACACCAACUCACAAUUGCAUUUUUGGCACCAUCACAAACUUGUAUCUCGAUGACAGAGACCUCAAACGGGGUAACCAUUCUCAUUUUCUUACUGAAUUGUCUAGUCUACAAGCUCCAGAAACUCCAAGAAGCUCACCACAAAAAGAGCUUAUCACCAUUGUCUGCAGUUCCUCAAUUAUGUCGUCGUUUCUCACUUCUCGACAUCAAAUCAGCAACAAACAACUUCGAUGAGAAACUAGUCAUCGGGAAAGGCGGCUUCGGAAUUGUUUAUAAAGGCAUCAUCGAUUUCGGACAGAGACACGUGGCAAUAAAGCGCGCGAAAUCCACUUCUAAGCAAAGAAGCAGAGAGUUUCAGACAGAGAUUGAGAUGCUUUCCAAGUCUCAGCAUAGCCAUGUUGUCUCUCUAGUUGGUUAUUGCGAAGACGAGGAGGAGAUGAUAUUGGUUUAUGAGUACAUGCCUUCUGGAAGCCUGGCUGAUCAUCUGCACAAAAGGGUCAGAAAAGGUGAUACUUCAUUGCCUUGUUUGACGUGGGUGCAGCGCCUCAAGAUCUGCAUAGGCGCGGCUCAUGGACUAGACUACCUUCACACUGGGACGGGGAUUGAGAACAGAGUUAUACACAGAGAUGUCAAGACUUCGAAUAUUCUGUUGGAUGAGAAUUUGGCGGCCAAGAUUUCAGACUUUGGAUUGUCCAAAACAGGUCCUGCAAAUCAGACUUGUACUUAUGUGAGCACGCGGGUUAGAGGAACUCAUGGUUAUUUAGAUCCCUACUAUGUGGCGACUGAUAGGGUAACUAGUAAGUCUGAUGUCUAUGCGUUUGGAGUGGUGUUAUUUGAGGCCUUGUGUGGGAGACCUGCAGUUGAUGCCAGUCUCGACGAAGAGGAGAUUAGUUUAGCUGGAUGGGCACAACACUGCUCCAAAGAGGGAGUCUUGGAACGGAUAAUUGAUCACAAUAUUAAGGAAAUCAUUUCCUCUGAUUCCUUAAACGCGUAUGUUGACAUUGCUGUAAAGUGUUUGCAUAAUCAACCCAAACUCCGUCCUACAAUGGCUGAGGUUGUUGUUGGUCUUCAGUCUGCAUUGGCGUUACAAGAAAAGAGUACACAUUAUUCUUUAGUUGAGAUAAUGCCUGAUGAUUUUACCCAAGAAGAUUGGGAUCCUACAACAAUUGACAUGAAAAAUACUAUUCACAAACGAGAAGAUGAUUCCAAGACAGACAAGACUUUAAAAGUUUCUAAUGACUGGCAUCGCAAUAAUCAGUCUUCUCCUAGAAUGACAUUCACAAAAAGGUUCAGUGCUCUUCUUUCAGUUACAGCCCGGGCGUUCUCAGUCAAUAAAGAUGCAAAGACGUCCAGGUACAGUAGUGGUGUACUGCCAGAGAAUAGUAACAAAUCACAGACCUCCAAUCGUCUAUCAUCAGUACAUAAACCUGUGCCACUACCUCAUCGGGGAGAGGAACUUCUUCAAUCAUCAAAGUUGAAGAGGUUUGAAUUCAAUGAUCUUAAACGAGCUACCAGGAACUUCAGAUCAGACAGUGUGUUAGGGGAAGGUGGUUUUGGUAGUGUUUUCAAGGGCUAUAUUGAUGAGAACACAUUUACUCCUUCCAAAUGGGGUACUGGUCUGGUAAUUGCAGUGAAGAGAUUAAAUCUUGAUGGAUCACAAGGUCACCAGGAGUGGUUGGCGGAAAUCAAUUUUUUGGGGACACUCACUCAUCCUAAUCUUGUAAAAUGUAUCGGGUACUGCUUAAAAGAGGAGCACCGGCUUCUGGUCUAUGAGUUUGUGCCUCGGGGAAGCUUGGAAGUCCAUCUAUUCAGGAGGGAUCCUAAGUGUCCACCGCUCUCUUGGACCUUCCGUAUAAGGGUAGCUCUUGGUGCCGCAAGGGGGCUUGCAUAUCUUCACAGUUCAUUAGCAGGAGUGAUACAUCGUGAUUUCAAAACAUCCAAUAUACUGAUUGAUUCUAACUAUGAUGCAAAGCUCUCUGAUUUUGGGAUUGCAAAAGACGGACCAGAUCACGGAAAUACCCACGUGUCCACAAUGAUUUUGGGAACACGCGGUUAUGCAGCUCCAGAAUAUGUGGCUACAGGUCAUCUAACUUAUAAAAGCGAUAUCUAUGGCUUUGGAGUGGUUCUCCUGGAAAUUAUAACUGGACGACGCAUAGUUGACAGAAAACGUCCUCCAGAAGAACGUAGCCUUGUAGAUUGGGCUAAGCCUUACCUGACCAGCAAGCACAAGGUUUUGCAUGUCAUGGAUCCAGACAUCAAAGGCCAAUAUACUGUCAAAGAAGCAUUCAGAGCCUCUUCCCUUGCUCUUAAAUGCCUCUCAGGAGCUACCAGAUCAAGACCUGACGCAAACCAGUUGGUAAAAGAAUUAGAGCAGCUCCAGGAUGUGUAAUUUUCGGGGAACAAUUGCAAGUGAAUCCUUUCGAAACCCCCCCAAAGAACCGCGUUUUUUUUGUAGUUCAAUUGUGACAGGUUUUGCAGAUUUGAGGUGUAACAGAGUCACCAGACUCACCAGUCAGCAGCCAUCAUUGUCUAUUUUACUGAGAGAGAACAUGUACAAGGGUUCAGGUGGACAUGCACCUGGAGAUUCUGUGUAUCCAUACUAUAUUUAGGCCAUACUAUAUUUAGAAAGGAUGUGUUACAUAUGGA